UGCCUUGCUGCUUACACGAGACGGACCUUUCUCUCUUUGCAGACAGUGACACAGUGACCGUGUCCGCGGCGGAGGGCUUAUGCCAUGUGCCGACAUAGGGUAAUCGUGCUGAUAGCUGUUCACUUUAUGGUCAUGGCACAAGGUGCCACCCUGAAUACAGUGCGCCGUUCAGAACCUGAGCUAAGCUUCGUGGAGAACAUUUACGUCAGAUUAUCCGGUGCAUGUAGAGCAAUCAUGGAUUUAAGCCAUAGCGUUUCGCUAACACAAGUAGACAUGAUAAGGACGUUAAAAAUAAUCCAAUUAGAUGGAAGCACAAUGAGAACUUUUCCUAUUAAUGAAGCAUUUGUCAAUUUAACAAAACCGGCCAUGUUCGAUAUCACGAAACAAGUUAAAAUUAUUAUUCAUGGUUACAAAGACAGUUCACAAUCGGCUGUUCCCUUGGAACUUGCAAAAUCGUACAAUUCGAAAGGGAUGUUUAACGUAUUUUUGGUCGAUGCAGAAGACAUGAUGAAUAAACGAUACAUUACUUGCGUUCACAAUGCUCGUCUCAUAGGUAAAAGAUUAGCUAAUUUAUUGGCUAAUUUAGAGAAUUUUGGGGCGAAUGCUGAUGAUUUCCAUCUUUUGGGAAUUAGUCUAGGUGCACACAUAGCUGGUUGGGCGGGUAAAUAUUUCCGACUGUAUAAACGGCGCUCUAUAGGACGCAUAACUGGACUAGAUCCUGCAGGGCCAUGUUUUUCACAUGCUUAUAGUGAUCAAAGAUUAGAUAAAAGUGAUGCUCUUUAUGUUGAUGUUUUGCAUUCUAAUAGAUUAGUUCAAGGAAUCAUUGAACCUCUUGGACACGCAGACUUUUAUAUUAACGGUGGUGGACCUAAUCAACCCGGUUGUAUGAUGCCAUCCUGCAGUCAUUUACGUGCAGCCCAAGUCUAUACAGAGAGUGUUACCACACCUAAAUCUUUUGUGGGUAUCAGAUGUCAAAGUUGGAAGCAUUUUGAAGCAAAUGCCUGUGAAAAAAACAUGUAUGCUGUCCUAGGAUAUGGUUCUUCAACAACAUCGAGAGGUUUGUACUACCUAAGAACUUCUGGAAGUCCUCCAUUCGGUCUCGGAAUGGAAGGAACCAAAAUUGUAGGUCCUACAUUUGAAAGUUGGUUACGGACUUUGAAUAUAGCAUAAAGUUGGAUUAAUCUUUUUAUCUUAAAAUUUUUAUUAUAUAAUGCCAUAUUUGAUUAAUUGUUAAGUGUAAUUGAUUGUUAUCUAGAAAAUAUACUAGUUUUAUUAAAAAGUAAUGUAUACUUUGAGGAAUACAAUUACUGAUAAUGAAAAUGGGCUAUUUAAAAAUUUUUUUAGGUAUAUGUAUGUACAUAUGCCUUCUACCAGUAUAUACUUAUGUUAAUAUUAGCUCUUAAUAAUCUAAUAUUUAUCUAUUGUUAAUUAACGUUACAUUGUGUAAAUCGCUAAUUUAUUAAUUGUUUUUGCUUCUAAACUAGCUACUGCGAUCAAGAAGUUUGUAAAGUUUACAUAACUGUUUUGUAAGAUUGUAUUGUAUUGUAAGCUGUGACGAAUUCUAAGCAUUAUCGACAUCACGGUGUAUUUAAUGUUACUGUUAAAAAUUUCGUUCGUCUUAGAUUACCAAAUUAAUCAAAAUUUUAAUGUUUGAGUUAAUGAAAUGAGUUUUUUAAUUUUUUAUUUGGAAAUUACUUGUUAUUGCGAAUAGUUAAAUUUCAUAUUCUCGGCAAUAAUUUAGAAAUCUCAAUUUUACAAAAUAAACGGAACAUUCUAAUUUUAGUUAGAUUUAAUACAUUUUUUUUAUGAACGUCUUAUCAUUUAGUCCAUGAGGGCUUCAAUAUAAUCAAUACGAAAUUCAAAAAGUAGAUUAUAGUCUUACAGGAUCGAAUCGAAGAUACUAUUAACGUUUAUACAAAUCGUUUAACACAGAUAUUGUUAAUAAAUAUUCAAAGGCGUCAAAUCACUUGUCUACUAGUUUGUAACACUGAGAUUACUAAGAUCAUAAUGGCGACGAAACGGAAAUUUAAGUUUACCGUCGACGGAACAUCAAUGCUUAAGUCAUUUUGAUGUUUUACAGAAAUGAGAGUUCUCAAGUAUUUGCACAUUUUUUAAUUACUAGAGGUCCCGCAGUAGUCGAAAUUCGACUAUAAUUAAUUGGAAUUGUAAGUUUGUACACUAUUAUGAUUGUAUUUUAUACUUCUAUAAUCACAAAUUUCGCCAAGGCUACUCUAUAAAAAAUAUUAACAAAGACAAACAAUAUUUAAUCUAUUCUCAAUUUGACAACAGACGUCAAGAAAAAAAGUUUGACAAUAAAUAGUAUGCAUGCGUGUUGCGUCAAAUACAUGGUAUGUAGUGUGUGUAAUGUUUUCUUUAUUGAUUUAAUGUAUCUUUUAUGCAUUAUUUAAAAAAAAUAUUAGCAUUGUGCACUUCUUCUCUAUAUUUUCUAUAAGUGUUAAAAAUUUCAUACUCCUCCGUCCGCGCAGUUUGCUCUUGCUAAGACGAAUAUUGUGCAACUACUGUAGAAAACGUAACUAUAAAUCUAGUAAAUAGUCGUUUACGUACAUAACAACAAAAUUCCAUGUUCUUAGUAUCUAAAAUUUAUAAAAGGAUAGUCAAAAGAAAAUAAAAUUAAAUUCCGAUUAAAAGUCUUUGUCCACUGUACUUGAA